AUGAUGAAGCAAUAUCUACAAUUGGAAACCUUUGAUCAACAAGUCAAUAUCAAGGUCUAUCCUGGCCUACAUACUUGUGACCAAACCAUCAUCUACCUCACCCACUACAGUUCAGUGACUAUCUCUUCAUCAGAUCCUAUUGAUCCCCCAACCUUCCAAUGCUACAACACUUCAUCAUUCCUAAGUGUGACAGUUGGUAGUCACUUGAUAUCAAGGGAGGUGUAUUAUCAUGAUAUUUUUAUUGAUGGCAUAACGAUCACGGGUCCGAAUCAAGAUGUUGUACACAGUCUGAUGUCUUUCAAAGGAAACAGGCACUUUAGAUGUGCCGUUGUUAUGAACAAUGUUCAUCUAAGUGACUUCUUCACAUCAGUUGAGCCCCUCAUCAACAUUGUCGACUUCAACGUCUCCCUGUCCGGCUCGAAAUUCAACAACUCAGUCACUGAUAAUGGUACCAUCUUCAUUAACAACGCAUGGAAGGUAUUUAUUGACAACUGUACAUUCUCAUCAAACUCUGGUGAGAGGGGAGCUUCAGCCCUGAAUGUUCAAGGUAUGCCAGCCCUCGAUGAUAGUCUUAUUGUUGUCAAGAAUUCAACAUUCGAGGACAAUAAGUACAAACCUGCUGUAAACUUGGUGUAUAUGAUGAAAUCUAUAUUCUUUGGAUGCAAGUUCAAUGGUAACUUUGGAUACAAAGGUGGUGCAGUAUCAAUAUCUGGCAAUGACAAUGAUCACACUGAAUUCAACAAUACAAUAUUCAACAACAAUUGGGCUGUGAAUGGAUCCGCCAUAUACACAGGUUAUACCGGUGUCCUUUCACUCAAUUAUUGUAACAUAACCAACAACAGGGUUAGCAAUAUCGGUGUCAUUUACAUUGAAAAGAACGAUGAUAUCAUGAAUUUGUUAAUGAUAGACACUUGGUUCAACAACAACACUGCCUUAGGAAUGGAAUCUCCACCUGGAAAGGCUAGAGGUCUGGACAUAUAUUUCCCUGCCAACAGAAUAACAAUCACUGGUGGAUACUUCAAUGAUAUCAGAAUACCUCUCUUUUCAGGAUUCCCAUCAUGGAGUUUCUCAUCUGACGAUGGAACUAAUCAUCUUUCUCCAAGUGAUUGUAGACCUGAGGAACAAUCAUUGUAUAGGGGUACACUAGGUUGGUCAUGUUUCAAGGUUGAGUACAAUCCAAAUACGAUCAACACCAAUGGUGAUACUUCAAUCUCUGAUGACUACUCUUAUUCGAGAGAUGACGAUUCCAACAGACAAUGGUCAGGCCCCUCAAGAGACCUUUUGCCAAUCCUCAGUCCAGUUAUCUUAAUUAUAACAUUCUUGAUUUCUUGGAUCUUCAUCAUUCAUGAAUGGAACAGACCCAAUAUUGAGUGA